AUGGCAGACGCAUUGGCACAAGAACAGAUUGCAGAGUUCAGAGAAGCCUUCUCUUUGAUUGAUGAGGACUCUGAUGGUUUGCUUGCAAGGACGGGCGCAAGGACGGGAGCUGCAAGGAGAGGAUCCUCACUCGAAGUGGCAAGGGUGAUUCAAUCUUUGAAUGAACAUCCAACAAAGGAAGAGGUUGAAGACACGAUAAGCGAAGUUGAUAUUGCUGGAAAUGGGACCAUUGAUUUUGAGCACUACUUGAAUAUCAUGGCAAGAAAAAUGAAGGACAAUGUAGCAGAGGAACUAAAAGAAGUUUUCAAAGUAUUUGAUCAGGACCAAGACGGAUAUAUAUCAGCCAUUGAGGUGAGACAUGUAAUGAUAAAUUUGGGAGAAAAAUUGACAGAUGAAGAAGCUGAACAGAUGAUUAUGGAAGCUGAUUUGGAUGGAGAUGGUGUAGUUAGCUAUGAGGAAUUUGUGAGGAUGAUGAUGGCAUCAUGAUUAUAUCAUAUAUGAAGAGAAUGACACUACAUAACAACAUAAUUAAAUAUGCUAAUUUUCAAAUUUGAAGGAGGCAUAUGUAUUCCCAAUUUAUUGCUUUUAUAUAUCUGA